ACUAAACCCACUAAGAACUGGCAGCUUGAAUUAACACAGAAUGACAGCCUUGCGCAUCUUUGGCUUGACGUUUCUGUUAAUGAUUUUACAGCAGAGGGUGUCUGGCUCUGGCGUCUUCCAGCUGGAGCUGCACGAAUUCGUGAACAGCCACGGGUCCCUGGCCAGCGGGAAGCCCUGCUCCCCCCACUGCAGGACCUUCUUUCGCGUCUGUUUGAAGCAUUUUCAGGCAGUGGUCUCCCCGGGAGCCUGCACUUUCGGCAGCAUCAUCACCCCGAUUCUGGGAAUAAACUCCUUCAGCAUCAAGGAUACGGAGAAAUUUGACAGCCCCAUUAAGUUGCCCUUUAACUUCACGUGGCCGGGCACCUUCUCUCUGAUCAUCCAGGCCUGGCACGCGCCCGCCAACUACCUGCCGGAAGGCUCCCGGCCUCCCUCUGAGGAGUGGCUCAUCAGCCAGAUGUCUAUCCAGCGGUCGCUGUCGGUGGGCGAGGACUGGUCGCAGGACGUGCAGAGCGGCCCACUGACCCAGCUGCGUUACUCCUAUCGGGUGGUUUGCAGCGAGAACUACUACGGCGAGAGCUGCUCCCGCCUCUGCAAGCGCCGCGACGACCGCUUCGGACACUACGUGUGUGAGGCUGAUGGCAGCCUGACCUGCCUCCCUGGCUGGACCGGCGAGUACUGCACCGAGCCCAUCUGUCUAUCUGGAUGUACCGAACAGAACGGAUAUUGCAACAAGCCUGGAGAGUGCAUCUGUCGUCCCGGUUGGCAAGGCCGCUACUGUGAUGAAUGUAUUCCCCAUAUAGGGUGCCGCCACGGGACUUGUAAAACGCAAUGGCAGUGCAUAUGUGAUGAAGGAUGGGGUGGCCUCUUCUGUGACCAAGAUCUGAACUACUGCACUCACCACAGACCAUGCAAAAAUGGUGCAACUUGCAUGAACACCGGCCAGGGUAGCUACACCUGUUCCUGCAGACCGGGCUUCACUGGGGUUGACUGCGAGCAUGAGAUCAGCGAGUGUGACAGCAACCCCUGUAGGAACGGCGGCAGUUGCACGGACAUGGAGAAUGGUUACCACUGCCUGUGCCCCCCUGGCUACUAUGGAACUCACUGUGAGCACAGUGCCCUGACUUGCAUCGAUUCUCCCUGCUUUAACGGCGGCACGUGCCUGGAAAAAGAGCAAGGGGCCAGCUACACUUGUGUGUGCCCUUUUGGCUUCACAGGGUCAAACUGUGAAAAGAAAGUAGACAGGUGCACAAGCAACCCCUGCGCAAACGAUGGUAACUGCUUUUACCUUGGUCAGAUCCGCGUGUGUCGUUGUCGGGCUGGUUUCACUGGUCAGAAAUGCGAGAUAAACAUCAAUGAUUGUGCCAGAAACCCAUGUUCCAAUGGGGGGACUUGUCAUGAUCUAAUCAAUGAUUACACCUGCACCUGCUUGCCAGGCUACAGUGGCAGGAACUGUGACAUCAAAACCAGAGAUGAAUGUGCUUCUGGGCCAUGUGAGAAUGGAGGCACAUGCUACAGUGGACUUUAUAGUGCCAACUUUGUCUGCUAUUGUCCUUCUGGCUUCAUGGGCAACCGUUGUGAAUUGCCAGUUUAUUCAGUACCUGUUACACUUCCUCCUAAACCAGUCCCCUGGAUUGCUAUAUCCAUGGGGGUGGGGCUGGUGGCUUUGCUCAUACUGUUCUGCAUGAUAGCGAUGGUCAUCAGGCAAAUGAGGAUGCACCCAGAGCAGGACUUGGAGACAAUGAACAACCUGUCUGAUUUCCAAAAGGACAAUCUCAUCCCAGCUUCACAGCUUAAAAACACCAAUAAAAACAAAGACCUUGAAGUGGACUGUGGGCUGGAGAAAUCAAACUACAAACCCAAGAAUCAUAAACUGGACUACAAUCUGGUAAAAGACCUGACAAGUAGAGGGACACAGGAAGACAAAUAUUACAAAAGUGAAAAGUGUUUAGGAGAAAAGUCUCCCCUCAGAUUACACAGUGAAAAGCCGGAGUGUAGGAUAUCAGCGAUAUGCUCUCCAAGAGAUUCCAUGUACCAGUCUGUCUUUGUGAUAACAGAAGAAAGGAAUGAGUGCAUCAUAGCUACAGAGGUAUAAGACUGAAGAUCAGCCCAUUUGCACCUCAGAUUUGGUAAUGCUAGUAGAUGGACGUUCCUGCUGCAUUGUUUACAAUUCAGAACUGGAUUGGACUGUUUUUAACUACAUGCAACUUGCUGCUCUCAGGCGGAGGAUGGAACUGGGUGAACUGGACAGACUGUGAAUUUACUGAACGAUGCAAUACACCUUUUUGUUCUUACUGCCCUUGUUUGAAGUUUGACACCAGAAAAUUCAUUGGCUGUAGAAGAGGGGAGGCAGAGGCAAGAGAGAGGGGUUAAAAAUAUCAUUGGUUUAAUUUGGUUUUAAAAGAUACCAAGGCCAGUUCCUCAUGGACAGACCCCUGGCUUUCCAGAACUCUGGUUAUGGGAGGUGCCAGUAGAUAUGGAGGCACUUAACUAUCGCAGAUGUUGCCAUGGAAGGUGUGAAGAAAAACACAUUGCUAUGCAGAUAAUGGAUACAGUAUAAACCAGAUCUCCAUUUUUUUUUUCUGGGUUUAAAAGUGCCUAAAAUGUGUCAAGAGAAUCUAACAAGCCCAAACAGAGACUCGACUGCUCUUUUUGCAGUAUGGACGGUAUUGGGCAGGGGUGGUUGAUACUUUCUGCUACACAACUAUCUACAUCUCUCUCCUGCUGCAUGUACUGGAGACUGUGUAAGGGGCCAGAGGAGGAAGGAAAGAGGAACGCCGAGUUUCCUUGUCAUCUCAUUCGGUGAUCCUGUGGAGAACUGAUUGACUUAAGCCACAGUAUAGGCCAAGAUAUUUGUGAAUUUAAACAUGGGAAAAGAAAAAGUUGAGAUGAGGAAUGUGCACUGCCUCUUCCCCAUUGAUAAGGAGGAGGCACGAUCCCAGCUCUAUUUAAAGCCUUACGAAUGCGUUUAAAAUCAAUCAGCUCCUAGAACCUUUAUGUGCUGAGCUGCCUCAGCUCUUUUCAUGCCCUUUGCACUACCAGUGAUUGUGAAUAGUUAUUUUUUCUCUUCCUUCCUCAUUCUCCCCCACCCCCCCUUAUUUGACACAAACUUGGGGGCUUAUGUCACGUUUCUGAAUUAGGUGCCACCUUCUACUGCAAAUAGUCUCAAAAUUGCAGCUGUUAUGUUCUGAAGGAGAAGAAGCAGUAUGAUUCCCCCCCUCCCUCUUUCUCCAUCUGGUUGCAAAACCCCAACUAUUGUCCUUCAUCCUGGUUCCAAAUGCCCAACAGCAAAGCAUCCACUGAGACACCUUCUGCCAAGAGAGUUAGAAGGUUGUAGGCCUGCCCUGUUUCUUCCAUACCCAUCCAUUGCUGUGUGGAGAAGGGGAAGCCUGCCCCUGGAAACCAGAGGUGGGCAGAAGUUCUUUUCUCAUAUAUAUAUUUACAGCAAUAGUAUCAGACUCGCCAGUGGAAAGUGCUGUGACACUAAGGAGAUGAGACUGUGGGGUGGGGCAGAAUGAGGAGGAAGGAAAUAAGAUCUCUCUGAAGAAACCUGGAGCAUGCUAUCCCUUGGACAGUGAUACUCCUGUCCUUGUAAAUCCUGUUGUUGGACUAGCCCAGCUACUGCCUUGGACUGUGCAGACAAGACCCCUUCCUAAUGUCCACUACUGACCUUCUGCUCUGACCACGUAGGACCAUUUUGAAGAUGACCUUCAGAAAUCAAUAAUAUGGGUUUUAGUUUGUCUGUAGUUUAUUUUGAAGACUAGUAUUUCAGUAAUUUAAAGAAAAGAAAAUCAGAAGCACUGAACUUUCUACGUUUUAUAACAUUAUUUUGUAUAUAAUGUAUAUUUAUAAUCAAAACAGAAGUGUAAAUAUGUUUAUUACUUCUCAUGUAAUGUUUUUAAUGUGAUGACAAAGUUUGAAUUUUAUUUUUUUUCCAAGCAAUGAAAAUACUUUCCUGCUACUA